GCUUCCUCUCUGUAUGUGUAAUUAAAUAUGCAUACCUCUACUAUAAGGAUUUAAGCCAUUCUCAGAAUUAUUCCAGCCACAAAACCUCUACAAGAUAUCUUUGCACCAACUCUCCUACGUUCGCCUUUGUCAUCGAUCCCCUCCCCACCCCCCCGUUCUCUCUCUCUCUCUCUCUCUCUCGCCUUCUUCUUCUUCCUCAUUUUCUUAGAAGAUAUGGGUCUGAGGGAUAUAGAGUCCACUCUCCCACGAGGGUUUAGGUUCUACCCAAGUGAUGAGGAGUUGGUCUGCCACUAUCUCUACAAGAAGGUGGCCAAUGAACGAGUCUCUGGAGGAACCAUGGUGGAGGUGGAUUUGCAUACUCGCGAGCCAUGGGAGCUUCCAGAUGUGGCCAAGCUAAGUGCGAAUGAGUGGUACUUUUUCAGCUUCCGCGACCGCAAGUAUGCCACUGGCUCACGCACAAAUCGGGCGACCAAGUCUGGAUAUUGGAAGGCAACUGGGAAAGAUCGUACGAUCUACGACCCUACAACCCAUGCGAUUGUGGGGAUGAGGAAGACACUGGUCUUCUAUCGUGGAAGAGCUCCGAAUGGGAUAAAGACCAGUUGGGUCAUGCACGAGUUUCGGCUAGAAAAUCCAUACACACCCCCAAAGGAAGACUGGGUGCUGUGCAGAGUUUUUUACAAGAUGAAGGGGGACUCAGUGAACUACAGCCUGGAGAACGAUCAGGACAACAACAUUGGCUUCUCCUCGUCACAUUUGGAGCCAUCCCCUCUGAAUGACCAUCCCAUGCCAGAUGGGUGCGAUGAGAGGAUGGGCUCAUCAUUCCCUGCUGUCCCAUAUCAGGAGGGCAACAGCUCCAACACCUUCCUCAAUUUGGCACUAUUGCACUCGAACUGCCUUGAUUUCCCGCAGGAGGUGGACGGCACGACCAUGGUGGGAGUGGACUCAGGAGGUGGCGACGAUGAUUUCGGCCGGUUGAUGCUAGAUGUGGGCAUGGAAGACCAUGACGUGGUGAAGGGUGCUGGAAUGGCAAAUACGGAAAGUAUGAAGUUCCACGGAGGCAAUGAUCAGCUUUUCUUCUGAGUGUUCUACAUAUCUUGAGAUGUCUAUUGAUUUGGAUUGAAGAGUGACAAGAGCAUGUCCUUGUAUAUAUAGAUGCUAUAUAUGAUUGUUGAUUAGAAAGGUUCGUCUAUUAUUUCUAGACAACACGUACGCUUGAUAUUGUAGAAAUUACAAGUACAAUUAUUUCCAGGAAUUAAUAAUAAAUUAUUA